UUUCCGUGAGCUGUGGAGUUCCUCCCCUUGCCACCAGAGGGAAAAAAAAAAAAAAGUUUUUGUCCGUGGUUUUUGUGAAGAAUUGCGUUUGUUAAAUAUCCAACAUAUUUCUUGAAUGAUCUCUCAUGGCUUCUGUACUGGUCAUAUGCUCAUUACUCUCUCUACUCUUUCUUCAUACACAAGCUCAACCAGAAAAAAUAAACCCAGGACAUACAAUAUCUGCCAACACUAUCGGCAGUUUUUGGGGCUCGAGAUCAGGUCAUUUUGCAUUUGGUUUCUAUCAACAAGGUAAUGGAUUUGCAGUUGGAAUUUGGCUGGGUGAUAAGCCUAAUAUCACCGUUGUGUGGACAGCUAAUCGUGAUGGGCCGCCAGUCCCCUUAAAUUCUACUAUUGAAUUCACCAAUGAAGGUUUUUUUCUUCGAACAAUGCAAGGUGAUGAGAAAGCCAUUAUUAAAUUGUUUGAGCAGCCUGUUUCGGCUUCUAUGCUGGAUUCUGGUAACUUUGUUGUCUAUGGUAACGAAUCUCAGAUCAUCUGGGAAAGCUUCGAUAGCCCAACUGACACCAUAUUAGGUGGUCAAGGCAUAAACUCUCAACUAAUGGCAAGCAAAUCAUUAUCUGAUCGCUCAAGUGGACGAUUUUAUCUGAAAUUAAGUGGUUAUGGACUAGCUGCUUACCCAGUAAACCAUAACGAUUUACCAGAGGAAUGCUACUGGAAAGUAGAACAAAUUCCUAGUUAUGUAAAUUCCUUGCAGUUAAAUCUCAGUCUCAGUGGCACUCUACAAUUAACCGUGGGAAAUAAAACCUUGCAAGCUAUAAACAACAGCUCUUUUUCCACAACCAGCAAGACUGUCAUUUACCGUACAACACUAGACGCUGAUGGAAUUUUAAGGCUAUAUUCACAUCGCUUUGAGAUCAGUGGUAACUCUCAUGUUACCAUUGAGUGGUCUGCAAUACGGAAGCAGUGUGAGGUGACUGGUUUUUGUGGUUUUAAUAGCUUCUGUUCUAGCACAGAUGGCCUGGCUGACUGUUACUGCUUUCCAGGAUUUACUUACAUAAAUCCUGAUGUGAGGAAUCUGGGUUGCUACAAGAGCUUCAGUGAUGAUGAAGGUUGUGAAAGGAAAGAGCCAGCAGCCUUUUACAAUAUCACUGAUAUUGAGAAUACAACGUUGGGAGGCUUUCCAUAUGCUUUGCUACAGGUAAAUAAGGAAGAGUGCAGAGAACUCUGCCUAAAUGAUUGUUAUUGUGCAGCUGCUUUGUAUUUGAAUAGAACUUGCAGUAAACUGAAACAUCCACUGAUGUUCGGGAUGGAAGAUAAAAAUAUAUCAGCUACAGUCCUAAUCAAGAUGAUGUUGGGAAAUGAAAAAGUCGUCCGCAGUCCGCAAACUCCAGAAAAAGAUCAAACAGUUAUUUCUGAAGGCAAGAAAACCCUUGUUACAAUUCUUGCAGCCAGCUUGGGUUCUGUGGUAUUUAUUUGUUUUCUCAUUGCAAUUUCUAGUUACAUUGUGUACCAACACCGAAUUCAUAGAUAUAGAAAGCUUCCUGGAAAUUCGAAUUUGGGCCUAACCCAAGAAUUUUCACUGCAAUCCUUUUCUUAUAAUGAAUUGGAGCAAGCUACAAACGGGUUUGAGGAAGAAUUGGGAAGAGGUCGUGUUGGAGCAGUCUAUAAAGGGGCUAUACCUGUGGGUAACAAGAAGGUUGCUGUGAAGCAAUUAGAAUGUGUUGGGGAAGAGGGAGAAAAGAAGUUCCGAGCAGAAAUGGCUGCAGUUCGCAGAACACAUCACAGGAACUUGGUUCACUUGCUUGGCUUUUGCAUGGAGGGCUCCCGAAAGUUGCUUGUUUAUGAAUACAUGAGUAAUGGCUCUCUUGCAGAUUUUAUUUUCAAAGCUGAAAGACGUCCCCUUUGGAAAGAAAGAGUGAGAAUUUCGCUAGAGGUUGCAAGAGGGAUUCUUUACCUUCAUGAGGAGAGUGAGAUCCAAAUCAUUCACUGUGAUAUUAAGCCCCAAAACAUACUUCUGGAUGAUUCUUGGACUGCUAAGAUAUGUGAUUUCAGCUUAGCAAGACUCUCAAUGCCAAAUCAAUCUGUAACCGAUACAGGUGCUAGAGGGAGUAGAGGUUAUAUGGCACCUGAGUGGCAGAAGAAUGGCCUGAUAACGGUGAAGUCUGAUGUUUAUAGUUUCGGAGUUUUACUGUUGGAAAUUGUAUGCUGCAGAAGCUAUUUGGAAGUGAAUGUUUCAACAGCAGAUGAAGUGCUUCUAGCUACUUGGGUGUAUAAUUGCUUUGUUGCUGGAGAAUUAAACAAGCUUGUUGGGGAGGAAGAUGUACACAUGAAAACCUUAGAAAGGAUGGUGAAGGUGGGACUGUUGUGUAUUCAAGAUGACCCGAAUCUCCGCCCUGCAAUGAAAAAUGUGAUGUUGAUGUUAGAAGGAACUAUGGAUGUACCAGUUCCUCCAUCUCCAACUCCUUUAGUUAUCGCUUAAUAACUCUGCUUCCAAUAAUUAUCUUUUUGUCUUUCCACACAUCAUUUCUGUCUCUUGUUCUAUGUAUCACAUCGCCGUUUUUAUUUUGCAGUAACUCCCAGAGGAUUUAGUUUUGUUGUAGCAGUGAAUAAAUUAUUUCUCUUCCAUUCUUGUAAUUUGCUAAUAUUGUGAGAAUGCUUAAUUCUCUCA